GAACGGGAAGUUCGUUCCUUCGUCUUUCUCCUUACUCUCCAGUAGCCCCAGCCCCAGCUCCAGGGCAGCUUUGAAUUUGACUUUUGAUGGUUGUCUGCUGUACUUAUCAUCUCUCAAAUCAUCUACCCUUCUCUGUGUCUGUCCAUCUAAACCCAAAACCAGGGAAGGAUUUUCAGAAACAGGGAAGAAGAAGAUGAAGUUUGCUAUGCUCAUUGUUCUUCUCUCUCUUCUUCCUCUCUCAUCUUCUUCUCCAGCUCCGGCGACCGCCAACGUUUCCCGAUGCCCAAUGGAUCUGAGCUAUGUCCAGAAAGUCCGGUGGCCGGUCUCCGACUGCCAGACCUGCAACCCGGAGUUCCCAGCCAGCAACUCCAACAACUUAACCCGCUGUUGCCAAACGCUCCUCAGCCUCUUCGGCAUCGCCUUGGCUCAGCGCCUCAAGCGGACCUCCCUCUUCCGCCUCCCCGACUACGGCACCUCCGUUGCUUGCCUCGCCGACCUCCAGUCCGGUCUCCAUGUUCUCUCUUUGCCGUCCCAUCUCACUUCUGUUUGCUUUGAUCCUCGGCAGUUCGUGAUCACGCCCGAUGUUUGCGCGGCGAUUGAAUCCACUCGCGACUGGGUUGCCAAGCUCGGAACGAACACUUCUCUGGACUCCGAUUGCCGGCCGGACCUCACCGAUUUGACGGCCUGCGACGCCUGCGUCGCCGCCGGGUUCCAGGUUCAGGGCAGCCUAAUCGCCAUUGACGGUAAUAAAUCUCACGCCACUGAUUGCUUUCACUUCUCAAUCUUGUAUGCUGCUGGUGUUGUGAAUGAGUUGGGUCCCGAGAGCACAGGGGCCGUUUCUUGCAUUUUUGGGCUUUCAGUUGCUGCCGAUUCUGGGUCUGGUAAGUCCCAUUUGGCUCUUGUUUUUGGCCUUACUGGAGCCGGCGUUGCCGUGUUGGUGGUGGCUGUGCUGGUGGGUCUGUACUUGUGCUGGGACAAGGAAUGGUGGAGGAAAAGGGAUGGUGUUGAGCUUGGUUAUGGAUUGGAUGGGGAGGAGUUGGGUUCGAGGCCCAGAGUGAGGCCGAAUACGGGUUCAAUUUGGUUCAAGAUUGAUGAACUUGCGAAGGCAACUGACAACUUCUCGCAGAAGAAUUUCAUCGGGAGAGGUGGGUUUGGGGUGGUGCAUAAGGGAACUUUGAAAGAUGGGACUGUAGUUGCUGUUAAGAAGGUGAUAGAAUCUGAUUUUCAGGGGAACGAGGAGUUUUGCAAUGAAGUUGAUAUAAUUAGCAAUUUGCGGCACAGGAAUUUGGUUCCCCUGAGGGGUUGUUGUGUAACCGGGGAAGAUGAUGAGCAAUAUGAAGAGAGCCAGAGAUUUCUUGUUUAUGAUUACAUGCCAAAUGGGAAUCUUGAUGACCAUCUCUUUUGGACCAAGAAUCGGAGCACAAAUAGGAAACAACCAUUGACAUGGCCCCAAAGAAAGAACAUAAUUUUGGAUGUGGCGAAAGGGCUUGCUUAUCUUCAUUAUGGAGUAAAGCCUGGUAUAUAUCAUAGGGAUAUUAAGUCCACAAAUAUACUGUUGGAUGCAGAGAUGAGGGCUAGAGUGGCAGAUUUUGGAUUGGCAAGGCAAAGCAGAGAAGGGCAGUCUCAUCUCACCACUAGAGUGGCUGGUACUCAUGGUUACUUAGCCCCGGAAUAUGCACUCUAUGGGCAAUUGACUGGAAAGAGUGAUGUUUACAGUUUUGGGGUGGUGGUUUUGGAAAUAAUGUGUGGAAGGAAAGCUCUUGAUUUGUCUUCCCCAGGAUCACUGGAUGCAUUUCUGAUUACAGAUUGGGCUUGGUCACUAGUGAAGGCAGGAAAAAUAGAGGGGGUUUUAGAUGCUUCUUUGUUGGUGAAUGGAGAUUCAGCAAAUUCAAAUCCAAAGGCUAUAAUGGAAAGAUUUGUGAAAGUUGGGAUUUUGUGUGCUCAUGUGAUGGUGGCCUUAAGGCCUACGAUUUUGGAUGCAAUAAAAAUGUUGGAAGGAGAUAUUAAAGUUCCUGCAAUUCCUGAUAGGCCUAUGCCCCUUGGACACCCUUCAUUUUCCAGGGAUGGGAACACCUUCGCCAUAUCACCAACAUUAAGUGGACCCAAAUUGGUUUUUGGAGAUAUGCUCAGGUAACUG